CCGCCCCUUCUUUUCAGAACCUUCCACGCUCCCCCACAAGGGACAGAAAAGACGGCAAAAAAGUGAUCUGAAAGAGCAACAUUGAAGACCCCUACUGUACCACACCAGACACUGCAACACUGCACAGCAACAGCAUCAAUGACAUUGGCUCUGAGCAUCAACACCUAACCUGAACACCUGCUGCAAGAGAAGCGUCAAAUUAAUUGGUUUCCGGCUUACCAAUGCAAGGAAAGGAGCGAGUGCUUCAUCCUCGUUGUGUACAAUACUUGCCCCCAGUAUCACUUGAGCAGAUACCAUCGACUUAUUAGAUCUAGUUCGACUUUUUGCCUUCUGUUUGCCUUCUUUUAGUUUUUGAAACCUCUCUGCUCUCUGCCCACUCCGAGACGACCAUACUGAAACCCCAAAAUGUCAUCCUCAAGUCCCAAGUUCACAAGUGAGGAUAUGGAUAGGGCCCAACGAGCAGCCCGGGCCAGAGCUGAGAAACUUCGACGAGAGAGUGAUUGUGGGACGCUAUGUGCCGCCAGUGUCAGCAACGAAGCCUACAUGCACAUGACUUUGGACGAUCCAGAUGAAAUUAUUAAAAUACUGGCUCAGAAAGAAAAGGAAGAAUGUGAGGGUGGAGUUGAACCGCCUGCUGAGGCCGCUCCUGAUCCCAAGUUCACAAGUGAAGACGUUGAAAGAGCGAAACGUGAAGCUCAGGUGAGAGCAGAGAGACAUCGACGAGAGAGUGAUUGUGGGACACUAUGUGCUGCCAGUGUCAGCAACGACGCCUACAUGCACAUGACUUUGGAUGAUCCAGAUGAAAUUAUUAAAAUACUGGCUCGGAGAGAAAAGGAAGAAUGUGAGGGUCAAGGGGAACCUGCAGAGGCUCCUGCUCCUCCCCGACAGAGAAUCUCUUCUACUAAGCUACCCAGAGGAACUACCCAAGGUGAUGAUGCGAUCAAGCCAAGCCUGUCACAGACGAGCCGCAAGAGUGCAAAUGGCAAAUUAUCACGAAGCACAACCCAGGGAGAUGAAGGCUUAUCCCCUCAUCCACGCUCCUCGCAGACUAAUGCUUCUAAAUCUGGAGAUCAUGACUCCACCAGAUGCUCCUCGUUGGAAGCCGAAGAUCUUGAGCGGCAGAAGAUCCGACAAGAUGCCGGCGUUACGCUCUCAAGAUAUGAGGAACACGGGGCGUCUUCCCUCAGUGGUGUCCGGAGACCCAAUUAUAUGGCCACCACUUCCAGCGAGUUUUCUCCCCCACCAGCCUCAGGAGAAGAGGAAGAGAAGCAGGAAGAAACUGUGUCAUCCACUGUCCCCACCACCGAUAGCAAACCAGCCAGAGACUCGGCAGCAUCCGGACAACGCCCAGGUGCAUACAGCAAGGCCCCGGGGGAACGCAUGAGCCGUAACCAAUCUUUGCGUUUCUCCGUCGUAAACAGAGAUAGUGUACAGUCAGCGAUAUACGAUAUCUCUGUUUCCUCGAGUGAUGACGAUGACGAGGAAGGGAAUGAAACGCCUGACGUACGACAAUCCACUUGCAGCGCUGCAUCCGAGGGUAAUGGAACAGAUCUGAUGUCGGAUGAAUCCAGGGCAGUCCAAGAAAUGCGCAAACGAUUGGCACACUCGGUCACCGCGUCAGACGCAUCCACACAAGCGAGCGUCGAUAACGACGCCAGCGGCUACUCCCGAGGUCAAAGCGUUUCUUUUUCUGUUCCAGAUUCUGUUCCAGAAGCACUGGAUACUGUCGAACUCGGCGACAAUCAAAUCACAGAAGAUGAGGAGGAGCCUGGAACAACUACAAUGUCAACCACCAAUAGCGUGAAUACCCCUGUUGGUGGUAGUCAUGCAGAGCCAUUGAUUGAAGCACAACUUGUUACAGACAAGUCGAGUAAACAUCUGGCAUGGACAGGAGAAUCGAGUCGUCACCUCGUUUUCGAAGCCACUCCUGUCGAAUCUGCUGAAAUUGUUUUGGAUUUCUUGAAGACACCAAAGGGCAUGGCAUUCAUUGCCUGCAUCCUCUUGAGCUUGCUGGCGCUCAUCUUGGGACUGGUAUUGGGUAUCAAGGGUGGCGACAGUAGUAGUAUCGAGACCCAAAGUCCAUCCUACGCCCCUUCUAUGUCGCCCACGCUAGCGCCCACCGUAGAGUUCACUUUGGAUUUGCUUCCGCCCGAAACUGUGGCUGUGAUUGUCGGUGAUCGAACUUCGGCUCAGGCUCAAGCCCUGGAAUGGGCAGCAAACGACACAGUGCUGCAGCCGCUAUCAAUGACGGAAAAGUUGGAACGAUUUGGUUUGGCUUGUUUUUACUAUUCCACAAACGGGGAUCAGUGGGCAGAUUCCUCCAAUUGGUUGUCAUAUGAACAUCACCACUGUACAUGGCUCGAUUCCAGCAAGCAGCAUCCAUGCGAGCUUGACCUCAACAUGGCUGGAAAUCUCUUGCGCGGAACUCUCCCGCCAGAAAUGGCCUUGGCAGCAGUGGCAUCGAUGGAUCUACGCGACAAUAGCCUCGAAGGUACCAUUCCUUCUACAAUUGGCCUUCUAUCCGAUAGCCUCACUUUGAUUGACAUGUCCCACAACCAGCUGAGUGGAGAAAUUCCUUCGGAGAUUGGAAGUCUUCAGCAGCUGAAGGGCCUCUUGCUCGCUGAUAACGACCUGAGCGGGUCCAUUGCUGUUCAGGUCUCACAGUUGGAUCAACUGAAAUCGCUGCUGCUGAGAGGUAACAUCCUGGAGGGUCCUAUUCCUUCUGAACUGGGAAAGCUGAACCAGUUGAACAUUCUGGACUUGUCUUCCAACAUCUUCAGCUCCACGUUACCGACAGAAAUUGCGAGUGCAAGGGAACUGGCCCAGCUGAGUCUCCACAAGAAUGUACUCAGCGGCACCCUGCCCUCUGAGAUUGGUAGCCUUCAAAAACUUGCUGAUCUUGGUCUCAGCGACUGCCGCUUUUCGGGAAAUCUCCCAAGCGAAUUGGGUUUGCUGACACGAAUGUUGACUUUGGGCUUGGCGGGUACAGACCUAACUGGCUCACUUCCGACCGAAGUAUUCAAUCUAAUCCAGUUACAUGAGCUCAACCUGGCAAAUAGCCGAUUCAGUGGACCAGUGCGUGAGGAAAUCGGAAAGCUGACGUUGCUGAGGUCAAUGGAACUGCAAAACAAUGAUUUCAGUUCAACCCUGCCUAGCGAGUUGGGUCUCUUGGAAAGCCUAAGAACUCUUUGGGCCGAGCACAACAGUAUCUCUGGUAGCAUUCCGUCAGAGCUUUUUUCGAUCUCGAGAUUGGAAACACUUGUCCUGGCUGCCAACCCCCUUACUGGGUCGUUGCCUUCUGAUAUUGGAUUCAGCUCUCGUUUGGAGGUUUUGAAACUGGGUGCAACUCACAUCAAUGGAACCUUGCCAUCACAAGUUGGACUUCUUUCAAAUUUGCUGAGUUUUGAAGCUUUUGAAUGUGGGCUGUCUGGUAAAAUCCCCAGCGAGAUUGGGGCAUGGCGUCGUUUGGAAACUUUGCUAUUGCACUCCAAUUCACUGCAAGGCUCCAUCCCAUCAGCAAUUGGAUCUCUGGCAGGCCUUCGUCGCAUGGAAAUUUUUCUGAAUGCACUCAGUGGGACUCUGCCAAACGAAAUCAAUGGGCUUGGCUUCUUAAGUCACCUUGAUCUCAAUGAUAACCUGCUUUCUGGCUCAAUCCCCUCGUUGGGAAAUCUUGGUCAACUGACAACGUUACGAUUGGAUUGGAAUCAAUUUGAGGGGCUGUUACCAACUGAACUUGGCCGCUUGGGGCGUCUGGAGAUUCUAAUGUUGAGUGGGAAUGCGAACGUGAGCCUCCCAAAAACCUCCAUGUUGCCACCAAAUCUUCUGGAGCUUCACGUCGCUGUGGUUGUGCUGGGUGGGACCAUUCCAAAUGACAUUCAUCUGCUUUCCAAUCUACAAUACGCCGAUUUCUCGUUUGCCUACUUGCGGGGAACUAUCCCAACCACUUUUGGUUUGCUGACAGCACUGGAACGGUUAGACGUUUGGACUAACUAUCUCCUGGGGAAUAUUCCAAGUGAACUUGGAUUGCUAUCUUCCCUUGCCUAUUUGGAUCUUGAAGAGAAUUUCUUGGUGGGCCCCCUUCCAGAGGAACUCUUUCUCCUCCCCGACUUGGCUGAGUUGUACAUUGGAGAAAACGCUGGACUCUCUGGAACUGUGCCAGACUUUUUUUGCGAGCAGACUAUCCACGCCACCAGAAUUGAUUGUGCCGAAAUUGAGUGCUCGUGCUGCGAUUGUUGGUCAUCGGUGUAAUGAAGAAGACUGGACCAUGUUGUUUUGGCUACUGUUUUCCAAAAACAAACAACGAAGAGACGCCAAUAUGCAAUUGCCUGACGCUUCUGCUUCAGUGUCACCUUUUCACGAUGUCCACCAUCGAGUUUGAUUCCUUGAUCGUUUUACUAAUAUCGUCUAACGAAGGCUCUAGCUACCAGCCAGACUAAAGCUUGUCUAAUUCGGACCAGGACGAUUUCCCUUUUCGCUCUUGUCGCCGUGCCUUGCGUUGUUCGUAGCGUCUCUUUCCCGCGGCAAACUUGGUCAUAUCCUCGCUAGUCUCGACCUUUAAUGGUCGCAUGGGAAGAGAGGCUUGUCCCCCAUGCCGUGGCAAACUCACAAAGGUGAAAUAGGCUUGGCGCGUCGUGACAAUCUCGCGUCGCACCAACCGACCCUGUUCGUCAUCAUACUCGAAUCGUUCUGCCGCCACCGAGACCUCGAGUUCCAACGACUUGUCCGAGGCAAAUGUCGGCCGUGCCUUGACCUUGAUGACGUCCCCCAGCAAGACGGGUGCCUCCAAAUUGACGCAAUCCACCGCCACGGUGACAAUGUUGGUUCCACAGUGACGGGCCGCCGCUACACCACAGGCAUUGUCCAUGAGUUUCAUGACGACGCCACCUCCGACCAAUCCAGUGUUGGUGGUGCAGUCUUCCGGCAACAUGAGCUGGACCAGUUCCACGGCGCUGUCGUCGGGAGUGAAAGAAUCAAGCGCGUCGUUGUCGUCGUUGAUUAUACUUUCGGCCGCAACCACUUGGUUGGCAUUUCCCUUUGUGCCUGAUUUCUCUAUUUCUCCCUCUGCGAUCAUCACCAUUGUUUUCUUUCUCCUCUUGUAUGCCUGGGCGGCCCACUGGUACGCCUUGUAUCCCUCCGUAUUUUGCUCUGGAACCUGAAAGGAUGGCGCCAAGGCACGGGGAUAUAGUUUUGGAUUAAGCUGGUGCACGGUCGUCGUGUCAUCCAACGGUAACACCACUCCCACCAACCAAAGCAAUGCUCGGUUGCAAAUGGUGUCGGCUUGUCGGGGAUCGCCACCCAUGUUCUGACUGCUACUGCUUGUCGUAGCCGUCGACCAGGCCAUGCGUUCGGCUGUGACUUGCACCGAGACCGCCACGGUAUGAUUCGACGCAAAGACCACCGCCGCAUGGACCUUGGCGACAUCUCCCACAUGAACGGGAUGUUGAAAGGUCAUGCGUUCGACGCGAGAGGUCAAGGCGCAGACACGAUCCGUUGUUCGGGGAGACAAAUGAUUAUUAAAGUAUCGAUUGGCAGCCACUCCGGCGGCUUCUUCCAUGAGCUUCAUAAUGGUCCCACCAUGGACAUUGCCAGCAAUGUUGGCAUCGGACGGUAUCAUCAUGCGAGCCAAGUCGGCGGAGACAGAAGAAGAAACAUACGGAGGAGGAGAACAUGAUGUGGGUGUAGUGGAAAAGUGCAAGUGGCGAGGGAAAGAUGGAACAUUCAUCCUUUUUGGAUUGCCAUGAGGAUCCUGCCAAAGACCCAUUCCACCAAAGAGUCCUCUACAGGAACUGGCAGAGCCGAAGAGAGCUCUCUGAGGAAGGCGGACGUCUCUCCCCCGUUGCAAGAGCUCUCUGCCAUGAAGAAUUCGCAAUGCUCUUUUUCUUUCCAUGCCAAGCCCCAAACGGAGCCAUACUCCACUAGUGAACUGCAUGAUCCUUUGGCCGUGUUGUGUGAUCAAAGUCGGCCAUAGCAAAGUUGUAAGAGCAACCCCGAUUGUAUCGUAUGAGUAGACGAUGAUGCAGUGUCAAAUCGCAUUUGCCAUCAUCUUCGGCGGCUCUGGUUUGGAAUCGAAUCAAUCUCCGGUGGAAGGAGAAGGAAGAUCUUUGAAGAUCCAAAAAGACCCGAUUGAAAUACUGCAAUAAUAAUGCUAUUUUAGCCAGCUAGCAGAGUUGUUGAAGACGAGCAAG